AUAAGCGUGAGUUGCCUCCCGGCAGUCCAGUGUCGCUGAUGGCGGGGAGAUGCGAGGUAACCUCCUCCAACUUUCAUCUUGGCUGCCUAACAAGAGCUCUCAGUCCUGCUAAUAUGAGUGAGAGGAAUAUUUCCUUCCUGAAGCGGGUGAAGAAGGUGGUGUUCCACAACAAGAGAGCACUUAGGGUGUGUGCAGUAACUUCUGCCUUUACUGGCGCCGGAUAUUACUUCUAUUACCGUCCUCAUUCUCAAGCUUUGUCUCAGAAGAUCAAAGAAUUAGCUCUGGAGGAUAGUGAGGCUGCCACAGCUGAUGAAGAGAUGACGAACCAAUCUUCAGACACCACAAGAAAGAUAUGGGAGGAGAAUGGGAAUCUGCCUUAAACGCAUAUUCAGUACUUUCACAUUAUUUUUCCCUUGAAGACCGAGACCGAGAGCGAUCUGAUGAAUUUAUUUUAUUUUUUCAAUAAACCUUAUUUGUUAUAAGGAUGUGUAAGGGGUUCAAACAAUAUUUGCUUAUAUAUUAUAAUAUACACGAAUGUACAACAGUAAUUACUGUAUAGUGAUCAUUGAUCUAUGCUGUAAUGUUUGAAGAAAGUAAAUUUUGUUACUGGUGCAACUUCAGUAAUCUUAAUGACGAGGAAAUAUACAAUUCCUCAUAGAGUUUAUGCACAGUAUAUAUGUUUUGUUUUGGUCAUGGACUGCAUGCAACAUUGCAGUAAAAACCUUGUAUACAUAAAUGUUCAUUUUAUUUGUAAUGGAACACAUUGUACUAUAUAUUAUUAAUUCAUUACACUUGAAACUAUUGAUAAGUUUAUAUAUUUGUAGUGAAAUAUUGAUUAAACAGCAUUAGUUGUAUGCAUGACUUUGUAAAUUGUCUUGCCUGUAUAUAUAGAAUAGCUCUAAUUUCAUUGCUUCGAGUAAUCUUUAUAUAUAAACAUUAUAUUUUAUGCGAAUGAAGGAAAAAUAUAAUUGAAGCCUAAAAUGAGUGGUGGUCGAGGUAAUCGCCUUUCUCAUAAGAAAAAAAGGGCUGUAAUUCUGCAGUGUGCAUCAUCUUUAUUUGAUAUCAGGUAAUUUAUUUCUAAAUCAUAAGUUACAGGAAAAAAUUUCAUUCUUUAAUUAAAUGCUCACCCCUGAAAUUUUCUAAUUACGAAUGAUAUAUCUUACCUCUUGUCACCCAGUAAUAAGAUCCUGUUAAUACUUAUUAUUUUUUAUUAAUUUUUAUUUACACUAUUCCUGGCUACAUAAAAAUUUGAAAUAGGGUAAUAAUAAUACUUAGUCAAAAGCCAUAAUUGCUUUCAUCAAUGAAAUUGAAACCCCGAUCACUGAAUUAAGUCAGAAUAUUAAAGAUAAAAAAUAUUAAUUAUGUUAAGGAGCUGGAAUAUGCCAAACGCAAAAACACAAUGAAAGCUUUGUAAAGAUGCUGAUAAAGACAUCCUAUAACGUAGUUGAAACAUUUGUUGAAUCAUCAACCUGAAAAAUAGAAAGUAACGUGCACCAAGGAGAUGUAGCUUCUCUAGGCUUCCCAGAAUGCUUGUGCUCAACCAAAACUGUCUUCAAGGGUGAUAGGAUUGGAGGCCUACUCAUUUCCGAUUUGUGACCUUAACCUGUCGGGGUUUUUUUCUGUCUCCGUAUUAAAAGUGAAAAAUCCAUUUGUGGCGAAACGUCCCCUUAGAUAAAUGUCUUGAUUGUGCAUGUCUUAUUCUCACAAAGUCUGAAGGUUAUUCUACAUUUCUGAUCUCAUUUGGAUUCCGGCACAAUUCUGAUCUCCAUACUACUAAAUAAACAUAAAUAAAUGUUGCUGUGUCAGACAGACAAGACAGCAACAUCUUGAUACAGGGAUUUAUUCAACGCUUGUCUAACCUAUUCCCAUGACCUACUUCCACUAGUGGAUUUUUCUUCAAGUGACUGCCUCCAACUGCUUUGCCUCGCCUGCCUCCAGCAUAUAAGCGUAUGUUGUACUUCUAUCAAGACUGGUAAACUGAACACAUCAUCUUCAUCCUCCACCGUUUCCACAAUAACGACACCCAAAUGUUG